AUGGCUGCUGUGGUAUUCCUGAAGGUUACUAACAAAUCUGGAGAGUGCUCAUCUACUAUUGUCUGUACUAAGUCUUUAGUAGCUCCCUUGAAACCAUCAACUAUACCGAGACUCGAGUUAAAUGCUGCAGUUUUACUCACUAAACUGGUCAGCUACGUGAAGAGAAUUUUAGAGAUAAUUGACGUGCCCACACAUCUAUGGACUGAUUCUUCAGUCACUUCAACAUGGAUCAAGAGCCUUCCUUCAAGAUGGAAGGAUUACGUGAGAAAUAGAGAUCGUGAUGUAAGUUUUAUGAGAAUGGUAGAGGCAACACUAGAAAUGAUGUUUUAUUCACAACACAAAAAUAAACCAGAUAGAGAAUCAACUUGA